AAGCCCCACCGUCUGCAUUGCAGUGCUCGCCACUCUACUGAGUACUUCAACCACCAGAAAAACAGACGAGCUGGAGCAGGAAAACAGCGCAGUCAUGCUGCUUUUAACUCUGCUUUUCGUAUCAUCAGCUGUAGCAACCCCACUGCUGGGCACUGAACAGUGUGCUCGUGGCCCCCCCUACUGGUGUAAGAAUGUAAAGACGGCGUCUCUGUGUGGAGCUGUGACUCACUGUCAGCAGAAUGUGUGGAACAAGCCCCAGAUGAAAACAGUGCCAUGUGAUUUAUGUAAAGAGGUUUUGAUGGUGGUGGAGCAGGUACUGAAGGACAAUGCCACUGAGGGUGAGGUUCUUGGGUACCUGGAGAAGGCCUGCCAGCUCAUCCCUGAUCAAAGUUUGACAGCAGAGUGCAAGGAGAUGGUGGAUGAAUACUACCCCAUCCUCAUGGGAAUCAUUACUGGAGAACUGGAGGAUCCCAGCGUGGUGUGUGGUGCCAUGGGGCUGUGUACGUCUCAGCAGGUCGCCAUGGCUCAGGCGGAGGCCAAGGAGCAGCUCAUGUCCAAUGAAAUCCCUCAGGUCGACCUUUCCCAGCAAGUGGCUCCUUUCCUCCUCAACGUGCCCGAGCUCCUCUAUCCUCAGAGUCCCAAGCAGGAGGCCCCCAAAGAGGAGACUCCAAAGCAGGAAAGUGAUGAGGUGUGCCAGGACUGCAUCAAGUUCCUCACUGAUGCUCAAGCCGAAGCCAAAGCCAACGCCUCAUUUAUUGAUUCUCUCAUUGAGAAUAUUGAGAACCAGUGUGACCUGCUAGGGCCAGGCUUGUCUUCAAUGUGCAAGCAGUAUGUGGGCCAGUAUGGUACCCUCGUUGUUGAGCAACUCAUGUCCAUGGAACAGCAACCCAAGGAUAUCUGUGUCCACGCUGGCUUCUGUGCUGCUGCUAUGAAGAAGUCCAUUCCCAUGAUGAUGCUGCAGGCUGCCAAGACUGUGCCCGCUGCCAAGACUGUGGCCGCUGCCAAGGCCGUACCUGCUCUCAAGCUUUUCCCUGCCACCAAGAUGGAGUCUGCUAAGCCCAUGGUGCGUGUCCGUGAUUCCCCAACAUGUGCCAUCUGUGAGUUUGUGAUGAAGCAGCUGGAGAGUAUGUUGGAGGAUCAGACAACAGAGGAGGAGGUGAUUCAAGCUGUGGAGAAGGUGUGCACACUUCUGCCUUCCAGUCUGACUGCCCAGUGUAAGGACCUGAUAGAGACCUAUGGCCAAGCCAUCAUUGAGCUGCUGGUGCAGCAGGCUGACCCCAAGACUGUCUGCACAGUACUGGCACUCUGCAAUGAUGCCAGCCGCGCAUAUGUCUCUGCACUCGAUCAGGCCCGCUUCAAGGCCGGUGGCUACUGCGACGUGUGCAAGAUGGCAGUUACUUACAUCGACAGGAUUCUGGAGAAGAACGCUACCGAGGCACAGAUUGAAGAGGCUGUGAGGAAAGUGUGCAGCUUCCUUCCCGACUCUCUCCAGACUGAGUGUGACCAGAUGAUUCAACAGUAUGAGCCAAUGCUUGUCCAGCUGCUGCUCCAGAUGCUGGACCCAGACUUUGUGUGCAUGAAAGUGGGAGCCUGUCCUGAAGCUGUGCGCAGGCUGCUGGGAACAGAGCAGUGCAGCUGGGGACCUGCAUUCUGGUGCAAGAACAUGGAGACAGCAACUCGAUGCAAUGCUGUGGCUCACUGCAAACGCCAUGUGUGGGUAUAGAGGAAGACCAGCACAAACUGACCUGUAGGGAAUUAAAAGAAGAACUACAUAGUGCUGCUUCCCACUUUUAAUUGUUGUCCUGUUUUCCUUUUUUUUAGUAGACUUAAAUGACUGCAAUUUAUGUUUAAAUUAACUUUGAUAUUUUCAUUGAAGUCAUGGUGGAAAGGGACUGGACUUUUUUUUUUUUUUUUUUUUUUUUUUUUGGGGGGGGGGGGGGGGGGGGGGCAGGGAAGGAGUGAUUACGUGUAUAGUGGCCUGCAACUCAGCCUGUCGCUGCUUCACUGAGCAGAAGUCACAAAGCUUCACUGUUGGGCUUUAAAGAUUUGCAUCAUUUGGGUUGUUUCCCAAUAUUGCUAGCAGGGUGUGGUGUGUGUGUGUGUGUAACAACACAAAUUCAAGUUUCACAUGUGGUAUAAUGCUGACACAGUGUCAGAUAGCUGCUGUCCUGAAAAGAGACACAGCUCAGUGUGUUAAGAAUGACUGGCAUUGCUUUUAUCAGUAUGUCUGAUCCUUUAAACAAAUUUCUAUUUUGUAGACAGCUUGUUUUGUUUCAAGGAGCUGAUAUGGAGGUAAUUGGUCUGCGAGUGUACCUCCCACUCACCUCCCAUUGUUUGCACUCUUCCUACUGUUUGUACAUCACUGUUUCUAACAUAUAAAAAGCAUUCAAUUGUCUGCUUCAACGCGUGAGCCAACUGUCAGUUGAUCUGUAAAUUUUUAACAAUUAAAGUGAUCCCAAUCCAC